AUGAACUACAGCUCAUUGACCAAGUGCGGUUGUUUCUGGGUCAUCCACGACCCGACCCAGCCUCCCUGGCAAAGCGCCGUCCCCAAACCCCUCCCGCUCGUCGACGUGGCCGCACACACGACGAUCUUUGCCUCUACCUCACGAACUAGGUUGACCCAACGCUUUGUCAAUGACACCAAGGACGCGAUCAAGGAGGCGCGCUACGUGUUCCCCCUCUACGACGGCGUCUCAGUUGUCAAGUUCCAGUUCACUGUCGCCGGUCGUACUGUGCACGGUGUUGUCAAAGAACGCGGCCAGGCCAAGAAGACGUAUCAGGACGCAGUCGAUCGCGGAGAGACCGCUGGCCUUCUCGAGAUGUCGCUCGCUGCUGCCGACGUCUUCACAACCGCCAUUGGAAACGUACCCGCCGGCGAGCACGUCCGGGUGGAGAUCGAAUACAUUGGAGAACUCAAGCACGAUGCCGAGGUGGACGGCCUGAGGUUCACUAUCCCCGCCGCUGUCGUACCGCGGUAUGGCGAUGCCGGCAGCCUCCAACCUGCCUCUGUCACUCAUGGCAAGCUCGAGGUGACGGUCGAUGUGGACAUGCCAGAAGGCAAUGCCAUCAAAUCAAUCCAGUCGCCCUCGCACCCGCUCACUGUCUCUAUCGGUACGACCUCUACCACACCUGAUGCCGACCCUUCCCUCCGCAAGGCGUCCGCGACCUUGUCGCUCGGUUCGGCGACUCUUGACAAGGACUUCAUUGUCCAGGUGGUCGCCUCCAACAUCGGAGAGCCCUCGGCAGUUGUUGAAACCCAUCCGACCCUCGACUCCAAGGCUCUCAUGGUCACGCUGGUUCCCAAGUUUGACCUCCCGCCCGAGCGCCCCGAGAUCGUCUUUGUCUGCGACCGUAGCGGCAGCAUGAGCGGAACCAUUCCGGACCUUGUCGCCGCACUCAACAUCUUCCUCAAAUCACUCCCUGUUGGCAUCAAGUUCAAUAUUUGCAGUUUUGGCAGCACACACUCUUUCCUCUGGGAGCGAUCAAAGUCCUACUCUCAAGAAUCACUCGAUGAAGCAGUCGCCCACGUUAAAUCGUUUGCGGCCAACUAUGGCGGGACGGAAAUGUACGGGGCCAUGGAGGACACCUUUAAACGCCGCUACAAGGACAUGAACCUCGAAGUCUUCCUGCUCACCGACGGCGAGAUCUGGGGUCAAGACCAGCUGUUUGAGCUCAUCAACAAGAACGUCGGGGAGAGCAAGGGCGCAAUCCGUGUCUUCUCCAUCGGCAUUGGUCUCGGUGCCUCGACUUCGCUCGUCGAAGGAGUCGCUCGGGCCGGUAGAGGUUUCGCGCAGACGGUCGACAACGGCGAUAAGAUGGACAAGAAGGUCAUCCGCAUGCUCAAGGGCGCCCUGUUCCCUCACAUUACCGACUACUCCCUCGAGAUCAAGUACGACACGCCCGACAUGGCCACCGAUGACGACGACGACUUUGAGCUUAUCGAAAAGGUCAACGACGCGCUCACCAUCACUGGGCUUGAGGAUAUCAAGGACGCCAAGGCAUCGUCGCCUCCAACCGCCAAGGUGAAGGCUCCCAUUUCGCUGUUCAACCGCUUGAAGCAGGUUAAAGACGACGUCAAGACAGCCGCUCCUGCCAAGGACGCUAUCCCUAGCGUCGACCGCCCCCGUUAUAUCUGCAUUCCAGGCGAGAUCCCUGCGCUCUUCCCGUUCAACCGUACUACGGCCUACGUCCUCAUCUCGGGGCCGACCGCUCGACCAAAGUCGGUGCUCCUCAAGGGUACCUGCGACCAUGGUCCGCUCGAGCUCGAGAUCCCCAUCACUGCCGGAGAGGCCGGCGUCACCAUCCACCAGCUCGCUGCCCGCAAGGAGAUGAAGGAGCUCGAGGAGGGCCGUGGAUGGACCUCGUUUGCAAAGGACGCCAAGGGGGAGCUCCUGAAGAAAAAGUACGACGGUCGGUACUCUGAUAUUGUCGAGCGCGAGGCCGUCGACCUCGGCACCACGUUCCAGAUUGUCGGCAAGUGGACGUCGUUUGUGGCCGUCCAAGACGGCUCUGACAAGGUCGUCCAUGACGAGGUUGCUCCGGCAUACGAGUAUGCGACCGCCCCCAGCCCUCCAGUUAUGCGUUCCGCGAUGUACGGCGGUGGUGGCCCGAGGCCGCGUGUGCUGUAUCGCGACUCGAGAGCCCCCAUGGCCUUUGGUGGGAUGAGGGGAGGUGAUGCGAUGCCAACCGCUGCCCCCAUCGCCGCUUUCUCGGCGGCCCCACUGUCGCAGCAAGCCACUUUACCCCCGCCACCCGUAUGCCCCGCACCCGCACCUUCUCUCGCGGCUUGCGCACCCCCACCACCGCCCAACUAUGCCCAAGAAAACCUCAAGAUGCCCCAGCAGCAGCAAUACCACCAGCAGCCAUACCACCAGUCAGCCCCUAGCAAGAAGAUGUCCAUCGACGCGGUUGUCGACACCGCCGACCCUGUCCAGGCCCUGGCCUCGUUGCAGACGUUCUCGGGCAGCUGGUCCUGGAACCCCACGCUCGAAGCUGUCCUCAACGUCCAGAGUGCGCGUGCAGACAGCCUCACCACCCGUGUUGUGGACUCGGCGCAGAACAAGUCCGACCUCGUGGCGACGGCGUGUGCGAUUGCGUUCCUACACAAAAAGGCGGCCAGCGACAAGGAGAGGUGGGAGAUGUUUGUCGACAAGGCUGUGGCCUGGCUUGAGCACCAGGGCGUGGACGCCACGGAGCUGGUCACGGCCGUCGAGGUCCUGUUUUAA